AACAUUGCAUCAAUUUGCAAUUUGCUUUAUCUGCGGCUAUUGAAGGCCUUUCAAAAGUCCCAAAUAAAUUUCUUAAAAACAGCGAAAGUUAGACGAGGAAAUUGCCAUGAACUUAGCCGCUGGAAAAGGAAGAAAUUUUGCAUUAAUUUCCGGUCGAGGUGCUUGUUUAUCUCUGCUCGAAGGGAUUUGAAACGGAGAGGAAGUACGAACCUUAUUUUGCUCACAAUCAGUCGAAACCUGCUUAGCACGCAAUAUGUCAACUAGUUCGAAAAAAAAAGAUUUCAAAAUCAAGUGGCACUGUUUGUUUUAAUGUAUUUAUAGGUGCUUUUUUAAUAUAGCUGAGAAGUCAUUGAAGAUUAC